CUAUCUGUAGAAAACUACAGGGAUCAGAGACAAGGCCAGUCAAUCAGACCACCCCUGAACCAGGGGCGGACUGACAACUCAUGGGGCCCCUGGGCAAUAGGGGAUCAUGGGGCCCCUGUGUCCUUGCCCAAACUCAAAAAAGCCUAUGAAAAAGGUACCAGGGGCAUCUCAUGGGGCCCCCUACUGACCCCGGGCCCUCGGGCAGUGCCCGAGUUUCCAAAUGAUCAGUCCGCCCCUGCCCUGAAC